UCUGAUAAUUAAUUAAUAAAUUCAUUUUCAUCUUUUUAAAACCUUGCACUUUAUCAAAUCUUUACUCCUUCUCUUUCUCUAGGUUGGUGGGUGCAUCUACAGCUACAACAUUGUCUCGCACUGCUCCAUCUCAAUUCAGAAGACUAUCACUGACACCCUCUGCAAAAUCAACUUCCCAAAUUUUCAGUUCCUACCCAAAAUUUGCAGCACACAUAUUUGUACAUAUUCUUCAGCUGUGUUUGACAUAGAAAGGGGAUGCCGAAAGAUGUGCUCUAUCUCUGAGAUUCAUGAGGUUACGUCCUUUGUAUUACUGCCCUGGUUAGUAAUUUAUAAGAGUGGAUCAAAAACCUCUAGCUCAUUCUUUCGCUAUUCCUUGAUGCACAAUUGGCACACAAGUUUUUUUGUUGUUCUUGUUGUGUUUCUACAUCACCUGCGAGAAGACGGUUGAAUCGCGUAUUUGCUUCUAUAAAUCUUUAUAUUUGUAAAUGAUAUAAAGAUUUUAACUGGCUGCGGAAUUGGUGUUUAAUUGUUUCAUCUUACUUUAAUGUCUACAAUGGAGAAUACAUCAAAUAUCUUGAUGCAAAAAUAUGAAUUAGGAAGAUUACUCGGCCAAGGUACCUUUGGAAAGGUUUACUAUGGACGAAGUACAAUAACUAACCAAAGUGUGGCUCUUAAAGUGAUUGACAAGGAUAAGGUUGUCAAAACUGGACAAGCUGAUCAUAUUAAGAGGGAAAUAUCUGUUAUGAGAAUGGUCAGACAUCCACAUAUAAUUCAUCUUUUUGAGGUAAUGGCCACGAAGAGUAAGAUUUACUUUGUUCUGGAAUAUGCUAAAGGUGGUGAGCUCUUUAGAAAGGUGGCCAAAGGAAAGCUCAAAGAAGAAGUUGCACACAAGUAUUUUAGACAGCUAAUCAAUGCAGUGGAUUUUUGUCACAGUAGAGGCGUGUACCACAGAGAUAUAAAGCCAGAGAACAUUCUGUUGGAUGAGAAUGAGAACCUUAAGGUGUCAGAUUUUGGGUUAAGUGCCCUGGCUGAGUCCAAACGACGCGACGGUUUGCUGCACACAACUUGUGGAACACCUGCCUAUGUCGCUCCUGAGGUCAUCCAAAGGAAAGGUUAUGAUGGCGCCAAAGCCGAUAUUUGGUCUUGUGGGGUGGUUUUGUUUGUGUUACUGGCAGGUCAUAUUCCUUUUCAUGACUCAAAUUUGAUGGAGAUGUAUAGGAAGAUAAGCAAGGCAGAGUUUACAUGUCCUAAUUGGUUCCCAAGAGCGGUUCAGCGUCUAUUGUCCAAGAUGUUGGAUCCAAAUCCUGACACUAGGAUUUCCAUAGACAAGAUUAAGAAAUGUUCUUGGUAUAGGAAAGGGCCAUAUGGUAGACAAAAAACACAUGAAGGGGAAAACAAGGCUGUCCCUCCCGCGGUUAGAAAUAAUUCUGAACAAUGCAAUGACAAUGACGGUCUAGCAGCCGAAGCGAGAAAAGAGUCAGUAGUGCCAGUUAGUAUAAAUGCCUUUGAUAUCAUCUCCCUUUCACCCGGUUUUAAUCUUUGUGGAUUUUUUGAAGACAGUAUUGAGAAAAGGGAAGCAAGGUUCACUUCAAGGCAACCUGCAUCAGUCAUCAUAUCUAAGCUCGAAGAAAUUGCUAAGAGACUGAAGCUGAAAAUAAGGAAAAGAGCUGCAGGUUUGUUGAAAUUGGAGGGCCUUAAAGAAGGUAGGAAGGGGAUUUUAUCCAUUGAUGCUGAGAUCUUUGAGGUUACUCCACUUUUGCAUUUGGUAGAGGUGAAAAAAUCAAAUGGAGACACAUUGGAAUAUCAUAAAAUAUUGAAAGAGGACAUAAGGCCUGCUCUCCAUGAUAUUGUUUGGGUUUGGCAAGGUGAUCAGCAAGAGCAAUCACAACAGUUGGAGCAACACCAAUCAGAGUCAUAAGUACAACAGAUUCAUAGUUUUCGAUGUCUCAUGCUUAUUAUCUGUAUGAGCAUACAUAAUAUGCACAUUUUUUUCAAAAUGAUAUAUCUGCAUAUAUUUUUGUGCUUUACUAGUCCAUGGCUUAUGGUAGCAUAUCUUGUGUCUCAAAUUUUAUUGGCAGUUUAGUUUGAAUGUUUAUGUACUGUUUAAUGGUUAACCACUGUUUCUAGAGGCUCCUCAUCUUUUAAAGGAGUUAUUAAGCAAUGAGGUUAGUUCUGUGCUGGCCUCAGAAAAAAUAAUGAAUGGUUUAGCUUUCAUUUUAAUUUUCCAGGACUUGCACUCCCCCUUUCAUUCUGCUCUGAAGACUUUUGGUCCCUUUUAUUUGUACACAGUAUCUUAUAUUAGGUCAGUUACUUUUAUUUUCGAGAAUAAUGGUAAAGAAGCUUGUUACAUUUGCAACAGAAUCAACUAUCAAGGAAACAAACUGUAGAAGUUUC